UUUGAUCAGGUAAGAUGGCAUUCAGUGUGCAACCAAUGUAAAUCUUUAUUUUGAAACGCUACUGAAAUGAAAAAGAAGUUAGGUUUCCUUGAUCAAGAGCAAAGCAAGUUGUAGAAGAAAGGCUUGUUUUCAUUCGUUGAUAAAUUUUAUAGGCAAUGUUCUAAUAGGUUUUAACUGCUUUUAACUUGAAAAAAAGGAAAUGAACGGAAAACUGGAAAUUUUGAUUCAAUUUUGAUUCAAUUUUAGCAGACGAAAUCAACAAAUAAGUCGACGGAUAAUUGCAACGAUGCUGCAUGUUACAAAUUUUAAUUUAUAGACAACUGGGGCUUUUGUUUUUUAAUUAAACCAUUAUUUAAAAAAAACGUCGAUUAAAAAUGUAUUUAUAAAGCCAAGUAAAACUAAAAACAAAUCUAAGAAAACAACAGGAAAAUCUGGCCGUCAGAUGGCGAAGAUAAGUUCAACUCACGUCGGAAAUUCAAAAGGAAAGUUAAACGUACCUAACGUACCGAGAUCUUUUCAAAAAUCAUUCCUUGGCAUCCGUGAUGGCGUCGAGAUGCUAGUCGAAAACACAAUGGAAAAUUGCGAUGUGCCUAAAUAACUAGCUGGGUUUUUCUAUUUUUAACAUUUUAGGUAUUUUUUUUUACACUAUCAACAACGACUUGUCCUUAAUCAUUUUAUCUGUCGGUAAUUUCCCUUAAUUGUGUUUAGUGCUAGUAUAGAGCUGUUACCAUGUUGUAGUGUGUUUGAACAGUCAUUACGGUUGCAUUUGUUCUUUAUCUAUGGCUUUAUGUCGACAUCCUGUGUGGGGUUGAACUUAAACGUACCCAUAAGACACACACACACACAAAAAGAACCAGACCAGCGUAGCGAUAACUAUCUUCAGGAAAACAAAUAUAAUUUGACAGACAUACUAAGGGAGAUAAACAACUACGUGAUGUUGUUUGGACCGUUUGACCAACCGGACGAUGAAUAAAAGAUACAAGUCGUAAAUUGUUUGAGAAAAAUAUUUGGCUUAUAAAGAAGUCAUGUGAUUUUAAUCUUCUGGUUGAAAAGGGCGGGUUUCCAUGCAACAGUAAAUAAUAUAAAUAGACUUUCGGAUGCGGCAUUUAAUUGAGGAGAAGAAAUAAAGCUAAAAUGACAUCCCGCCUGUUUUCCGCUGGUGCAUCGCUGUUGGUGGUCGUUCUGGCUCUCGGCCUGGUAGACAGCCUCACUAUUUCGGUGACAAAUGGAGAAACGGAAGGUGAAUGGGGAACAGUGGAGUUUUGCCCAGCUGGAUCACGUGCUGUCGGCUACCAAAGCCGCAACGAUCUGAACCAGGGAACCGAUUUGACUUCUCUCAACUCGAUCCGUCUGUUUUGCGACGAUAUGGACGCCACCAACGUAACGUCAACUGAAGGAUUCACCGGCCAGUACGGUCCCGGUCGCAGUUGCGCGGCCGGAGCGGCGCUUUCAGCAUUCCAGUUGCGCGUGCAGCCCAACGGAGUCUCAGCGGACAAUACGGCAGCCAACAGCAUUCGAUUCCGAUGCACCGACGGAAUUGAACUCGCCAGCGCCGGAAAUCAACAGGGAACUUUUGGCACCUACAGCGACGACUGUCUGACCGGCAUUUGCGGAAUCCAAACACUGGUGAAACCCGAAGAUGUCACGGUUGACAACACAGCUCUCAACGAUGUUCGUUUUGAGUGCUGCGCUUGAAUCUUGACGUCCGGAUUCCUGUAGUCUUUGUUCAUCGCGCCUCUAUCUUGCAAAAUGUACAGGCCAAAUGUUACAAAUUAAAAGGCUAAAUAUUUUACAGCCUGUACAUAAUUCAGAGCAUUCAAAAUAUUAUUGAAAAAAUAAAAUAAAAGUUUCUUCAAAGGAGAAA